AUGAGGCGAUCAGCAGCUCCAAGUCAAGUGCUAGGAAAUGUAACCAAAAAACCAAGGUUUAUACCACCAGGAAAAAGUAUCACAGUUACUCUCAAGAAUGAAACUAAGGAGAUGGACCAAGAAAUUAAAUUAAAGGAGAUAGAUGAGAAAGAGAGAAGUCCUUCAUUGCUUUCUAAAAUAUAUGGCCAGAAUCAAAACGCAAAUUCUAUACAGUCUCUGGAGUCAACGGAAAAAGUAAAGACUACAAAAGGUUGUUUUGGCCUUAGUGGGCAGAGCAAGGUGGAGAUGAAAACACGAAAUAUGCCCAAAGCUG